UAAGACGAUCCAAUACAAAAUAUUGUUAUGAUAUUUCAAACGUUUUUAUGUUUUUUUUUACAUUUAUAUCUAAAUUUUUACUGAAUAUAUGGCAUAAAAAGGUGUUAAAAGUAAUUUUGCUAAUGAACAAUACAGAAGAGGCUUUAUAUCACAAUAACGUUAACUUAAGGCUUUUCCUCUUGUAGGCCUACCUAAUUUAAAAAAAGAAACAUCCAUAAUUACAAUCCCCGCGUGUGACAAGUGAGACUGCCAGGACAAUUUAGUCAAACUAAAGGGAAACAUGUUCUUUUCCCUGCUGUGUUGGUCCUGGCAGGAUGACAGUUCUCAAGGCUCUUUUGAGUGCGGGUCAGUGAGCGGCCCACUCUGACAGAAAAUUGGAUUAGAACAACGAGCGCUUUUUAAAAAACGAGUUUACGAACGACUCCUCCUCCGUCACGCCACCCUUCCCACAAGACCGUCGAGUAUUUGACCUCUUGCUCAGGUUUCUGUGUACUGUCUCUCGUGCCAACGAUCACCAGCCACUGCGGAAAUGUCAACAUUCGACAAAUGCAGCUACAGCUAUGAAGAGUACAAAGAAACAGCAGACUGGUUGCUUGCUCAUACAACUGUUAGGCCCAAAGUGGCAAUUAUCUGUGGCUCAGGGCUCGGUGGUUUGGCUGACCUGCUAAACAACAAGACUGUGUUUCCUUAUGAGAAAAUCCCUCGAUUCCCCCACAGUACAGUGCAAGGACAUAAAGGCCAGCUGGUGUUUGGAGAGCUAAAUGGGAAGCAGUGUGUUUGCAUGCAAGGCCGUUUUCAUUUCUAUGAGGGCUAUAACAUAGCUACGGUCACAUAUCCAGUAAGAGUGUUCUUCCUUCUUGGGAUUGAGACUCUGAUUGUGACUAAUGCUGCUGGGGGACUAAAUCCCAAAUUCAAAGUGGGUGACAUCAUGUUGAUCAAAGACCAUAUCAACAUGCCAGGCUUUGCAGGUCAAAAUCCCCUUUGUGGUCGAAAUGAGGACAGAUUUGGAGUGCGCUUUCCCUGCAUGUCUGAUGCAUAUGAUAGAGACUUGGCGCAACUGGUCAGGAAGAUUGCUGAUCAACUGGGCUGUGCCUCCUUCCUCCAGGAGGGCGUUUACUGCAUGUUGGCUGGACCCUCCUAUGAGACGAUUGCUGAAUGUAGAGUUCUACAGAUGCUUGGAGCGGAUGCUGUGGGUAUGAGCACUGUUCCAGAGGUGGUGGUCGCUCGACACUGUGGAUUGCGUGUGUUUGGACUCUCCCUUAUUACCAAUAAGGUAGUGACUGACUAUGACAGCAAGGAGAGGGCUAAUCAUAAAGAGGUGCUGGAAACCACCCGUAUGCAAACAGAAGCCCUGCAAAGUCUUGUCAGCCAUUUAGUGACAAACAUGUAGUGCAACCAUUUACUACAUGCAGUAAAACAAAAUCUUGAGGCUUUCGCACAAUUUUAUAUUUUGACACAGGCAUCUUAACAAUGUAAAAUGACAAUGUAACCUAAUCCUCAUGUCUCUUAUUCAGGGUAAGAGUAACUUUAUGGACUUUCCAGUGCCUCAAGACUCUCCAGAGUCUAACUUUAGACUAGGUUCAUUUAGUUUACCUCUAUCAAGUGCAUCCCCUGCUAAAAUAUCCAGCAUUGCUGGUCACCAGCUUAAGUUGUGUUUUGUGUGCUGGUCCCCCAGUAUGGCAUGCUGGUGACCUUACCAGGCUUUUUAAUUAGCUAAACCAGCUUUACCUGAAAGAACAUGCUGGUCAAACAACUUCAACAGCUAGGUUUUGCUGGUGAAAAGCAUGGCUAUGCUGGUCCACCAGCUGGACCCAGACCAAACCACCACUAACCAGCAUUAACCAGUUUAGACCAGCAUGGUAAUUGCAUACUGGUUAAGCUGGAUUUUUUUGCAGGGUCUGAUAAUAUCCAAAGCACAGCAUGUAUUGUGGUGCUUACUCGAACAUCACUGUGGGACGGAAACUAGUUAUUAAUCCUAAUAUAUUAAUGAAAUAUAAAUGUGCUUUUCUGGUCAACAUGUACCUGAUGCACUCACAAAGAUACUGAAACUAAAUGUAAAUACAACUGAAAUUAAGCAGCAUUGUUCAACAGUCAGUUCUUGUGACUGUGUCUAAUUUAAAGAGUUGAAGCACAAGUAUACAGUAUAUCAAAAAAUAUACUGUAUACAGAUUUUACACUAUCAAACAGUAAUAGUAUCCUCCACUGUUUUAAAGGGAAUGUAUUAUUAACUGAUUUUGCAUCAAAGACUAAAUUAGGUGGACAGUUAAAUACAGUACUGGAUGUAAGUAAAUGUUUUAUCUUUUUAGUUCUAUCAACACUAAUAUUUGUCUAAAUGUUUCUGAAUAAAUAUACAAAAAAAAAAUGUCUGCAAUUAUAAGUGAAAAGUAUCUUUAAAGAUAAAGUUUAAAGAUACUUUAUAGACUUAUAAUCUUGUCUUUGGAGGCAUUUUAGUAUUAACAUUAAUUUGAUGCAUUUUAUUAUUAAUAUUAUAGUAAGGCAUACAA